CCGAAGAUUCUGAAAUUCAAACACAAAAAAAUGGCUUGGCCGAUGGUAACUAACCUCAUGCCUCCGUUUGUGGAAGAGGCUGAGGGACCCACGGCGUUACGAUGGGAAAAAUGGAGAGAGCAUUUUGAUGCCUACUUGGCGUGGAAAGAUCACGAAGGAAAAUUCAAGUCCCUGAUGCUAUUCGGAGGACCGGACGUUCGGAAGAUAAUUUCAAAAAUCCAGGCUGACGAGGAACAUGUUCUCGGAAACCGGUACCAUGCGGCGAUGCAGCUCCUCGAUGAAUAUUUCAUUCCUCGGGUUUCUAAAGCAUAUGAAAGACAGAGGUUUCGUCAGAUGACACCCGGCCCUAAAGAGAAACUCGACGCGUUUGUCAUCCGGUUGAAAAAGCAAGCAUCCUAUUGUAACUACAGUGAUCAAGCGGACAAUAUGAUCGUGGACCAAGUAAUUGCGACUACAAACAACAUGCAACUUCGGCGCAAAUGGCUUGAAAAGGAUUAUACUUUGGAUCAGGUUUUAGCCAUAGGACGUAGUCAUGAGUCAGUCGACCUUCAGCUUGCUGGAUGGGAAACCGCCGGAAAUUCCAAACCAGGUACGGAUGAAGUUAACAAUCAUCUAGGCGAAGAAUCUAUAUAUAAAGUUAAUACUGAGAAAAAGUUCCGCAACCGACCCCGCUGUGUCCGAUGCGAUAGUCGUCAUGAAUCCAGUGAUCCUUCGUGUCCAGCAAAAUUCGAAAAAUGCCGGAGCUGUGGACAAACCGGUCAUUUUGCACGCUGCUGUUUUUUGAAAAGGAAACAAUCAAAACCAAUUUCAUCACAUGAGAAACCGAAGAAACGAUUCAUUCGAGAAGUACACGAAGCUACUACAGAAACCAAAGAGAACAAGAAUAAUGAUGAUGUUUUCGACUUGUUUCACCUUGGCGGGAAGCGUAAGGUAAAAAUCGAGGUCGGUGGAGUUCCUUUGAUGUUCGUUAUCGAUACUGGUGCUGAUGAAGAUAUCUUAAGCGAAGAAGACUGGCGUAUCCUUAAACAGAUCGGUUUUGAGGCUUACUCAGUCAAGAAAGGAAGUACCAAAAUUUUCAAAAGCUACGGAUCCAGCAAUCAGUUGACAGUAUUAGGAGAAGUCGAGACCGAGAUAAAAUUCAACAACAAAUUCUUUAAUUCGAAAUUUUACGUCAUCCUUGGGGGCAAAUGCUCGCUCCUGUCGGGAAAUACGGCCGUCAAGCUUGGACUGGUGAAAUUCCUCUACGAAAUUAACAAAGAAGCGUUCCCGUGCAUCACCGAGAAGGUACAAGAUUACAUCUACGAAAUCUAG